AGCAGCUUUCACAUCCGGGAUUCAGGCCCUUGCAGCCCUGGCCUCCUGGCCUCAGGUUCCAGAAGCUGGCUCAGUACUCCGUCUGCCAUGGCCCGAGGACUGCCCAGCACUGCCCGUUUGGCACACUUCUGCCGGAAACUGAACCGUCUGAAGCCGCUGGAAGAGUCUAGCAUGGAGACAUCACUGCGGCGCUGCCUGUCCACACUGGACUUGACCCUACUGGGUGUAGGUGGCAUGGUGGGAUCUGGUCUCUAUGUGCUCACAGGCACAGUGGCCAAGGACAUGGCUGGCCCUGCUGUGCUCUUGUCCUUUUUAGUGGCUGCUGUAGCCUCCCUGCUGGCAGCCCUAUGCUAUGCAGAGUUUGGAGCCCGUGUGCCCCGUACUGGCUCUGCAUACCUAUUCACUUACGUGUCCAUGGGAGAAAUAUGGGCAUUCCUCAUAGGCUGGAAUGUGCUUCUGGAAUACCUCAUUGGAGGUGCUGCUGUGGCCCGCGCCUGGAGUGGCUAUUUGGAUGCCAUCUUUAACCACAGCAUUCGAAACUUCACAGAGUCUCACAUGGGUAUCUGGCAGAUGCCCUUCCUGGCCCACUAUCCAGAUUUUCUGGCUGCUGGCAUUUUACUUGUGGCUUCUGCCUUUGUCUCCUGUGGAGCCCGGGUCUCCUCCUGGCUUAACCACACCUUCUCAGCCAUCAGUCUGAUUGUGAUCCUCUUCAUCAUCAUCCUGGGGUUCAUCCUGGCCCGUCCUCACAACUGGAGUGCAGAAGAAGGUGGUUUUGCACCCUUCGGCUUCUCUGGCAUCCUGGCUGGCACAGCCACCUGUUUCUAUGCCUUUGUGGGCUUUGAUGUCAUUGCUGCCUCCAGUGAAGAAGCCAAAAACCCACGGUGGGCUGUGCCUAUGGCCAUUGCCAUCUCCCUUGGCCUGGCAGCUGGUGCCUAUAUUCUGGUCUCCGCCGUGUUAACCCUCAUGGUACCUUGGCACAGCCUGGACCCUGACUCAGCACUCGCUGAUGCCUUCUACAGGCGGGGCUACAGCUGGGCUGGCUUCAUUGUGGCAGUUGGCUCUAUCUGUGCCAUGAACACGGUCCUGCUCAGCAACCUCUUCUCCCUCCCACGCAUCGUCUACGCCAUGGCUGCUGACGGGCUCUUCUUCCAGGUGUUUGCCCGUGUACACCCCCGGACACAGGUGCCUGUGGUAGGAAUCCUGGUGUUUGGGGUCCUCAUGGCUCUCCUGGCACUGCUGCUGGACCUCGAGGCACUGGUGCAGUUCCUGUCCAUCGGCACCCUGCUGGCCUAUACCUUUGUAGCCACCAGCAUCAUUGUGCUGCGCUUCCAGAAAACCUCUCCACCCAGCUCCCCUUGCCUAGCCAGCCCCGGCCCCACAGCUAAGAAGUACGACUCCUUCUCAGACCAUAUACAGCUGGUGGGUGCUGCGCAGACCUCGAUGUCUGAGCCUGGGCAGCUGCGACCAGCCCUGAAGCCCUUCCUGGGCUUCCUGGAUGGAUGCAGCCCUGGAACUGCUGUGGCCUGGGCACUUGGCAUCUUGGUGGCCUCAGCUAUCUCUCUGGCGUGUGUGCUGGUCUUUGGGAACUCAGACCUGCACCUCCCACGGUGGGGCUAUGUCUCACUGCUGGUCAUCACUGGUGCUGUCUUUCUGUCCAGCCUCCUGGUCCUAGGGGCUCACCAGCAGCAAAAGAAGCAAGAUACUUUCCAGAUCCCUUUGGUGCCUCUGACUCCUGCCCUGAGCAUCCUUCUCAACAUCUGCCUCAUGCUGAAGCUGAGCUACCUGACCUGGCUGCGCUUUAUCUUCUGGCUGCUGGUCGGGCUUGUCGUGUAUUUUGGCUAUGGCGUCUGGCACAGCAAGGAAAACCAGAGGGAGCCAUUGGAGCUGACUACUGCACACUACGUGGUCUUCCCCAGCAGCAGCCUGGAGGAAACUGUGCAAGCUGUGCAGCCCGCUAACCAGUCACCAGUCCAGGAGUCAGGUUGUACUGAGUAGCUGGCCAUGGAGGCCGGCUCACAGAGGUCUUCACAUCCUCAACAGCCAGAGGCCAGAAGAAUAGCUGCCUACUCAAGGAAGCUUGGGUUUGAAGCCUGCCCAAACUGGGCUAGGAGUGUUCUCAGAGCCUCAAUGCAGGAACUGAGUCUUCGCUUAUCAUGGAACAGGCCGUGACUAGUGCUGGUGUGGACUCGGUGCCCACUGUCUACCUGUUUAUGAUUAACUCUGGAUACCUGGGCAAGUGGGGCAGAGUGGGCAGGGAAGUGGCUUUAGCCCCUGAGACCCAGAAUAAUAACUAAUCAGCUAGUGUUGUGACCAGCUAUCAUGUACA